AUAUAAAGUGAGUGAAAAAUAAAGAUGUAGAUUUUCCAAGUUGGAACUGGAAGUAUUUCUAAUGGCUUUUUUUGUUAUUGAAAAAAUAAAUAUGAAAAUCUCACUUCGAACAAGAUUCUUGCAUCAAUACAUAAUAGUUCUGUGAAAAUGUUGUAAAUAUUACAUUCCGAUAUAUUUGUGAAUAAUAUUUUGUAUACGUUUAGUUGAUUAUUGUAUCUGACGGAGCCGCUGUAAUGGCGUCGGAUAUUGAAGCUUGUGAAAAUGAUCCAAAUUUUGCAGUUAUUUGUUCAUUUAUGGAGAAAUUCGGUAGCCAGUGUGGGUUACCAAGCUUAGAUAUCCUGGAAUUACAGCGUAUGCUAGAGAAUACGGAAGAAGUUCAUACCAACUUACUCAACCUCAUAUUGAAGCUGUUGAAAAAGGUGAAAAAAAGUGUAAAAAACGAAAAAUGGGAGAAACAUCUUAUUGAUGUGUGUCACAUGUUCAGUACCAAAGAUGCUUGGGAGAUAGAGCGUUUUGGCUUCAAAAAGGCUAAGUUGUCAUCGAAAAUUAGAGCUCUGAAGGAGCUUCUUGAAAUGCAGUUUGACUACAAUGUCAAAUUCAAAAAUGACGUUAAUAAACUAAGCAGCACUGAGUUGAGGUCUUUGCCGUUAGGUAGAGAUAAGGCAGGACAUGCCUACUGGUUUCACAGUGACGAAAAUUAUCAAAUUAGAGUUUAUAAGGAAGAUAUAGAUGAAGAAACGUGGACUCUCAUCGCCAAAGACAGAGAAAGCCUUGUCUCUCUCAUCAACAAACUUGGCGAUGGAGAUUACAAGGUCAGUUCAGAUUCUGCGGCGAAUGAAGAUAGUAACUCGUUAUCUGAAAAACCAAUUUUAGACACUGGCCAAAUAACUGACUGUAAAAAUGAUACAGAUGCAAAGGACACUGCUGACAAUGGAAUGAUUCAAAACAAUACUGAAAAAAAGAAUGAGGAUAAGCCAAAACCCUUGUUGAGGAUCAAAAAUCUCAGUGAAUUGAUAGAUGAAAACGUGAAAAGGCCUAGAUUUAGCAGUGACGAUGAAGAAGAACGUCAAGACAAAAUAUUGAAAGUAUCGAAAGACAUGAAAAUGCCUCUAGUUAGCAGUGAAGAUGUAAAAGAACGACAAGAAAAGGUGUUGAAAGUACAUUUGAGAACUUCUAGUUUGAAAGAUUCAGUUAAAGUUAAGACUAAAUCAAAAUCAAAGGGUCAGAGUGGGAAAGAAGAUGUUCCAGUGGUCGGGGAGGCUAUAGAAGAAGAUGUUAUGUAUUUUCAAGGUGAAGGAAGCGGAGAAGAUUGUAAAACUGGUAAUGAGGAUAAUGUAAGCAAAAGUGAAAAAUCAGAAACUGAUAGUAUUAAAGAUAAUUUAGGUGUAAAUAAAGACAAUAAUGAUGAUAACUUCAAGGAGGUUCCUUGUAAACAGUCUAACGAUGUUAAGAUUGACAAUAAUACUGACAAUUGUCCACCAAGUCCUACUAAAAAUUCAAAAAAAGAUUCUGAAAUUGAAGAUGUAAGCACACCACCUAAUACACCUAAAAAAUCGAUUUUUUUCUUUGGAUCGCCUGGUACGAAAAGUGCGAAUAUAUCACCAUCUCUCACUAUGGGGUUUGGUCAAAUACCCCAUAAAAAUGAUACUGCAGAAUCUGAAAAUAAAGAAAAUAAUGAAUUUGAAGAGAAGGAAAGUGACAACCCCAUAGGCAUCCCUAAUUUGGGAUCGAAAGAAAAUAUUGAAUUCACCGAUAAUACAGCAAAUGAUGUAGAAGAGAAUAAGAGGGACAAAUUUGAGAAUGACAAAAACACAGAUAAUGAUAAAAACAAUGAUGGUGAUAAAAACGAAGAUAAUGGCAAUGAUAAAAAUAAUGACAUUUCUAAUGAUAAUGUAUUGAAUAUUGAAAAUACAGUAACAUUACCGGACAAUUCAACUGAAUUAGACGCUAACAAGGAGGCAGAUAGUAAUAUUGUCAUUUCUACAAAUGAAAAUGAAUCACUUGCAAUUGAAAAACCAUGUGUGAAAAAGGUAGCAUAUGUCUGUGGUGAUGAAAAAAAUAAUUAUAAUGAAAAGAAUAAGAAAGAAGAGAAGGAAGCUACAAAAGCUCUACAAAUUGAUGAAAAAUCCAGGGAACCGGACAAUUCAAAAACUCUACCACUGAAAUUGAAAUGUAGAGAAGAUACAACUUCAGUUGAAAAAACAAAUCUGUCUUCUACCGAGGUAUUAAAUGAAAUACAAGAAGAAUCUAAGCAAGAUAAACCCAAAAGCUCACUACGAUCUGUGAGGAAUAGAAAAAAUAGCACUACCAAUGUUACAUCUGCGAUUACCGAAACACCCAUUCUUCAGAAAAAUGACAACGAAGAAGAGGUGCAGACUGAAAUAGUUUAUGUCAAAGGCAGAAGAGGAAGGUCCAUAAAGGAGAGGGAAGAAACACAACCUGUUGCUACUACUAAGAAACCAAAGCUGGCUGUGGACAAUAAGGAAAAAAAGAAAGAAGAGCUAGUGGACCAAGAAGAAAGACAGACGCGGCAGGGCCGCCAACGCCAAAUCAGGGAAAAAAUUAGCGCGGCUACAACCCCCAAUUCAUCACAAGUUUCGUCACCAAUCUCUAAUGCCGAUUCAGUCAUAACCUUUCCUGAAUCAGUAGAUAGCAACAGCCUCCAAGACCCACCUCAAGAAGAAAAAGAUCCCCUAGCAGAUACGAAUGAUGAAAAAGAAGACGAUGUGUCAUCAACAAAGAGUGAAACAGUGGCACCCAACAAAUCUAUUAGUUCACAAACUUUUGCUUUAGAUUAUAAUGAAUCAUCAACUACCCCACCUGUACAUGUUAUUCCUUCUAUGAGGGGUGUGAGAAAAAGGGGGAGACCCACAGGUUCCAUGGAAGAGGUGAACGUGGAGGAAGCAGGAGAAGGAAAGAGGAUGAAGUUGAAGGGUAAACGUCAAGUUAACACACAACUGCGCAGGAGUGUCGAGCAGCAAAAGGAACAGCAAAUCAGCAUCAGCAGUAGUGACGAGGUGAUAGAACUUUCUGACGAAGAUGUGCCCAAGAAAGCAAUUGGCAAGGCGGCAAAGAAAAAGAAAGGUUUUGCGGCUAGGAAAAAACAGGCGGAGAAAUCUGCAACAAUCAGUGAUGAUGAAUCGAAUAGUGCACGAAUACCAGUCAAAGCAGCUAAAGUUAAAAAGCCAAUUGUAAGGCACCCUGAGAAUAAGAAUAAAAGGCUUCUUGAUGGAAUGGACUUUCAUUUAGUAGAUUUUGGAAGGACGACAAGGCAAUCUAGAAGAAUAGCACAAAUCAAGAUCAGGGAACAAGCUUCGCCAAAGAAACCUGAACGAAUAACAAAGGAAGAAAAAGGAAAGAAAAAUCAUACCAAAGGAAAACAGUACACUCCAGAAAAACGGAAAAUAAACUCGCCAGUCGUCAACAUCUCCUCUGGGCCUGACGAAGAACCCGAGGAUACCAAGAAAAAGAAGAAGAAGGCUCCCAGAAAAACCUUCGACGAGAAACGGCCUUGGAGGUCUAGCAGCGAAUCGAGCGACGAACAAGAAGAUUGGGUCGAGGAGGAAGAGGAGCCCAUAGAAGAAGAAGAUCCUCCUAUCGAAUUGAAAUCCGAUCAUGAAUUCUCGCCAGAGAGCGACAUAGAAGAUGAAUAUCAGUUGCCAAGGAGAGCAAGGACUGCCAGGAAGAAUUAUGGCGAAAAAUCUGAUGAAGAAGAAGAGGAGGAUUUUCCAUGUCAGAAGUGCGGAAAAUCUGACCAUCCAGAGAUGGUUUUGCUUUGUGAUAAAUGUGAUAAUGGAUGGCAUUGCUCUUGCCUUAGGCCACCCCUUCUGAGCAUCCCGGAAGGUGACUGGUUUUGUCCACCUUGUCAGCACGUGAUCCUUGUGGACAACUUGCACUCCAAGCUGGUCGAGUACGACAAGAAGCUGACGAAGAAGGGGCUGGAGGACAGGCGGAAAGAGCGCCUCGCCUACGUCGGUAUCAGCCUCAACAACGUGCUGCCUGCCAAAGACCAGCAGAAGAAGAAGCGCCGACACUCGGCCGAAGCCGAGGGCAGCGCGUCCAGCUCGCAGCGCUCGGAAUCGUCGGCGUCGGAGGAAAGCGACAGCGACGAACCGAUCUACCAGCUGCGGCAGCGCAGACAGGCGAAGAGCUACAAGUUCAACGAGUACGACGAGAUGAUCAAGAACGCGAUCCAAGACGAGAUGGACGAGAAGGAAAAGGAGAUCGUUCCGCCAUCAAGAGGCAAAGAUAUGGCAACUAUUGUUAGAGCUGAUGAGCAAGAUAAAAAAGAGAGAGAAGCUGAAGAUGAUGAAUCACUGAAAACUGAGCCAAAAGUUACACAGGGAGGCGAGGGUGAUACCAAAGACAAAAAAACAAAAACUAAGAAGGAAGAAUCGGACAAAGAAACUGAAAAACUAGUGCCAGUGUUGAAAACAAAGAAAAAGAUCAGAAAAAUGUGUAGCUUGGAUAGUAGUGAUGGCGAUGAUGACUCUGAUGAGGAUUUCAAAGGCAGCAGUUCGAGUUCAGAAGAAGAAGAUGACUUUGAUGAAGGAAGUGACAGUGAUGAUUUACCUGGUUCCAAGAAGAGACAUAUGCCGGUUCGAAGAUCUACACGCGCCAGAGUUACCAAGUUUGAUACAGAUUUUAUAAAUGAUGAAUAUGAUGAUGAUGUGCCUAAAAAGAAGAAGAAAACAAAAUAUUUUUCCGAAUCAGAUUCCACUGAAAGUGAAAAUUCUUGGGGUGGAAAGAAGAAGAAAUCAAGGUUCGGUCAUGUGAAGAAGAAGAAGAAAUCCAAAAAGAAGAGCAUUCUUGAUGAACUGGAUCUAGACCCAGAUACAAUAAAAAAAAAGAAACCUAGAAUCAAAUAUGGCGGUCUGACAACCUCAAGUGAAGAAGACAUGGGUAGAGGUAGAAGAACAAGAGGAAAGAAAACUACCUAUGUUGAUACCUUGGGAUCUGACAGUGAAGAGGAAAGAAAAAGGAGAAACAAAUAUGCUAGACGAAUAGUGAGUGAUGAUGAAGAUGAUGAGGAUUUUGUUGCUAAUGAAGAAGACGAAAAAGACAGUGAUGAAGUAGAAGACGAUAAUGUUGGUGAGGACCAAGAUGAAGAUGAAGAGGAAGACAAGGGCGAGGACAAAGGAAGGAGAGCACCAUUUGUUCCAAAAAUAUAUAUAAAGAAACCUCUUGUAGCAAAGGAAACGGAAAAGAAUUCAGAAAAAAUUGAAAAUAAACCAUCAAGUGAGGAGAAAAAUGAAGAAAAUGAUAAAUCAAAGGAGGGCGAAAAAAUUGAAAAUAAGUUGAUUACAACUAACAACAAAACUGAAAAUGAUGAUGGUAGUAAAUUACCGCCUGUAGUCGAUGAAAAACCAGAGAAAGUCAUUGAACAAAUACCUGAGAAACUUGAAUCUAGUUCUGAAACAAAGCCUCAAGAACAUGAACUCAAAUCUGGAAAAGCGAGGACAAUAGAGAAACUCAAGGAAACACUUCAGAAAUCAAUAUUGUCUAAAGAAAUUAGUAUUUCUUUCAAAUCGAAGGAAGGAAACCUUGAAAAGAAAGAAGAUUUGCACUCUACUGGCAAUCAUAUGAUAGAAAUGAAUAAAAAUUAUGAUAACAUAGCUGAGAUAGAGAAAAUGAAGGAGGAAGAAGAACAUGCAAAUAAGCAUCUUCAAAUGGUAGCUAGGCGUCUCGAAAUGGAGAAGAAAAUAGCAACUAUGGGCAGGGAGUUACCGAACUCAGUGAUGCCAACCAAUCUUGCCAUGGACAAACUACAGCCAGCGAAAAGAGGAAGGAAACCGAAAGUAAAGGCUUUUCCGUCUAGUGUGGCGCACGAACCUAUCGUCAGUAAUGUGGGAAAAAUGAUCAGGAAUGAUGAUGGAAACGAUGAGCUAUCAGAACCGCCUAUGGGAGUGAAUUUACCUUUCUUCGACGAGUUAUCAAAAGAUGGCAUAGAGGACUCGCCGAAAAAGAGGAAAGGAAGAGGUAAGGGAAAGAAGACCCUCGAAGACUCGAAUCUAUCCGCCGACUCCGCCCAGCCGCCCGCGUGCAACAUCGAAAUCGCCGCGCCGCCGCAGCCGUUCUCUCAGGCCACGCCCACUCCUUCCGUCAUCACGCGCAUGUUGCAAACGAAGCCCGGCCAGGCGACCGCCUACCCGGUGGGGUUGAUCCGGCCGAAGCGGUUCGCGACGAUGCCCGACGACGAUGACGACGAGGAGGAGGCCACGCCGGUCGGCAGAGGGGGAACGCCCACGACCGGCGGGCGGCCGCAAAGGGUGGGCGGAGCGCCGUUGGGGCAGAGUUGGCCCGGUGCCGGUACCAGAGGCCCUGCACCAUACGGACCACCUAUGUUUCAAAAUCACUACCCAAGAGGCAUGAUUCCACCACAUCAGAUGCGUGGACCUCCCCCGUCCAAUCCCCACGUUCCUUCCCCACCUGCUCCCCACGGACAUCCUGGUGGUUCCCACGGACCUCCUCCUGGCGGUUCCCACGGACCUCCUCCUAGUGGUUCACAUGGACCUCCUCCAGGUGUUUCACACGGACCAUCUUCAGGUGGUCCACAUAUCCUUCCUUCUUCUGGUUCCCAUAGACAUCCUGGUGGUUCCCGUGGACCUCCUCCUAGUGGUCCUCAUGGACCCCCUCCUGGUGGUUCCCAUGAACCUCCUGCUGGUUCCCAUAUGCCUUCUUCUGGUGGUUCUCAUGGACCCUCACCUAGUCAACCAGGACCUCAUGGGCCUCCACCACCACUACCUCCUGUACCACAUGGAUCUCCUGCAGCUAUGCACCCGCACCUCUUCCACCAACACAGACUGAUGGACCCGUCGGGGCCGGAUGGCAACGUGUCCGCCCAAAGUCCGCCUCUGAUGGUGCCGCCUCCCACGGGCAGUCCGGGGGUCAAAGGGGAGCCGCAGAACUAUUCGAGGUCGGCCGCUAAUCGGUACCCGCCGGCCGGUACGCCACCUAGCAUCACAGCAGCCACCCCACCGCGACCGCUCCACCUCCUGCCCCCCCACCUGCAGCAGCAGCCCCCGCGCGUGCCCAGUCCCUACCCGCCCAACCCCUCGGGGCAGCCGUCGCCGGGCUACUACGGCGGCUACCCGGCGCCGCCCGAGAACGCGGUGCCGCCCGAGCACGCGGCGCCACCCGCCGAGGGUUACGAAGGCGGGCCGCCCUACGCCGAGGAGUUCGAGGGCGGGGAAGGGGCGGAGGCGGAGGCGGAGGAGGCCGAGAACGGGGAGGGGAAGCCGUUCGAGGGCGGCGAGGAGCCUAGCGGCGAGUUCGGCGGGCUGGUGUCGUAUUUCUCCAGCCAGUGGGAGGACGACUUGGAGUCAUAGUUUGUAGAAGUUAGUUACUUCCAUCAUCACGAAAUUUUAUCCAUUUGAAGCCUCCUAAUAAUUGUACAAGUUGGUGAAUUCUAUGGUUGAUCUAUUAUUUAAUGUACAAAAUUCUUUUAUUUAUGUAAAUAGUUGUAUAUAGAAUUUGUAGACUUGAAAAGUGAUACAGGAACUGCAUAAUGUAUGAUAUACAAAUUAUUGGAAGGUGUUUCAAGAUAUCAUUGAUAUAUCAUUUCAAAUUAGGAAAUAUUUUUCUAUGAUUUCAAUUGUAUUGAAUUUUUAUAAUUUUAAAAUCUAUAUCUAUGGAUGUGAGGUUUCAAAUAUAUGUUUGGCCUAUUUAUUUUUGUGUGCAAUUCUGUUUUAUAGACUUUAUUUAUUUAGAUGUUUUAAAUUUGAAGCACACUUGAAAUAUGUGUUGAUUCUUCAUUGUACAUUCUUUAUCUAUUUUUCUAUUUGAAAUUUUUUGUGUAAGGAAUCUACAUUACAAAUGUAAUAAUAAAAAUUAAUUAAAUCCAUAACUCUUCUAUAUAAUGAAACCAAAUAAGUGUAUCUUAUUUGACAACAUAAAGAGUGAUUGAACAUUCGAUGUAAAUAUCUCAAGGACGUAUUGUUGGGAUCAAAAUAAGACUUUCUUUUUCUUCGGAGCUACACCCACAGGAAGUUGGGUAAAAAAGAUAAUCUGAAAUUGUGAUCAUAAUAACGUUGUUCAAUUCCAUUCCUUACAUUCCAUGCAGUUUCAUGAGUUGAAACGAGGGAAAUAUAUAUAUAUGGGUUAUUUGGUAGAAAAUAUGUUUAUUACAUCAACUUUUAUAUUUCAAACAUAGGGUACCUACAUGGUGAAAAAAUCCAAUGUAACAAUAACUUCACAGAGCUAACAAUGUCAUAACAAAAGCACUCGUAUUUUGUGCUUCUUUAUUUACAAAAAAAAAACGUAGUCAAGGUAUAUAAAAAUAUCAACCCAAACAACUAUUCAAGUAAAUAAAUAUAUUCUACUCCAUCAGUCUAUAUCAACAAGGAAUUAACAAUGAGGAUAUUCAAUUGCUCAAAAUGUUUGUAUGAGUGAACAUGAUUAUACUUUCGAGUUAUUGAACACCCUGUGAAAAGCAAAGAAGUCCUACUUGAAGAUAUAACGGAUUACAACACGUGAUAGCAAAAUUUAGAGUGGACCAGAAGGUAAGUCUUUUCGUAUAAUGAAUUGUUCAAUAUUAUAUUCACUAAUUCUAACUUGAAGUUAUUGCAAUGUGAGUCUAGAUAGUUGAGUAUUCAUUUAGGAAAGUUGAAACAGGAGUUCAUAUAAUGAUACUAUUUUUGUAAUAAUAUAAAAUAUUAGUAUUAGUUGAGAGCCAUCAGGAAUGUGUAACCCUGAAAAUUAAUGCGGAGAUAUCCAAUAUAGAGAGAUUGUGCAAUGGGAUUUGACUCAUGAAAGUAAAAACAGAAUUCUUCCAAGUUGAGAAUUGUAUUUGUCAUAUUUUGCCCCAGAAAAGCAACUUAGAAGGUGUGGCAACUAACAAUCCUUUGCGAAUAAAAAGUGAUCUGUUUUCUGCAUAAAACCAUUGUAAACGUAUUUUUAUUUUUUCCAUCUCGAACUUUACUGCAGAAAAAGUUUCAAAUAAUAAGGCUACAUCACGGAAAACAUAUCAAACCUCAUAAAACAGUGGCGUACUAUACAUUUUUCAUAAAUAGAUCAUAUGCUUUUCCUUCUGUGACGGCACUGGGAUGAGUAGGACAAAUUCAUUCUGUAUAGCAAGAACAGAGCAUUUUUGUACCUAAAUAUCACUUUUUCCUCUUAUUUUGAUGAGUGCUAUAUCCAAUUGGUGUUUGGCAGAUAAAAAAUAAAGCACCCUGUACAGUAGGUACUUCUCUCCUAAUAGUAGUUGAUCAUCUCAUUUAAUGUUUUAUGUUUCUCUCUGCUUUUGCAGGGUGAAUUCUUGAUGGUUCUCUACAUCAAUCUAUUUAUUAUAUAAGUUUCAAUGAGCUCUAUUCAAUAACAUUCUGAUACGUGUAGCACAAGGUUUAUUGAUUUUGUUCACAGUAAUCACAGUAAAGUUCAAACGUAAACCAAUAUCAUUUCCGAUAUUUGUAAUUCUGCUGAAAUCCUUGAUAAGAGGAGCUGUUUGACCAAAUUACAUACACGUUUAAUAUAUUCAUAAUUGUCAGGAAUCGAUUUACCAUCAAUAAUGGACCCUCAGCUGUAUAGUGGAAGACUAAGGAGAAUAUUUCAUAAAUUCAUAUCAAUUAUUCAGGUAGUACCUAUUCUGAUAUACAGAUUGUCUAGAAACGUAUCGAAACUCUUUCAUAUGGAUCGACAAGACAGCUUAUUCAGACACAAAUAGAUUUUACUAGUGUAUGUUGAAAUCUUAGCCCAGUAAUUCACUUUAUGAAGCCACCAUAAAAAGCUACACAUAUCGUCUUUAUUGCCUGAAUCCUAAAUUUUCGUAAGAAAAAAACAAGACAUUGUCCUGACUUGAUGAUUGAAUUCAUUUUAAUUUCUCUUGUAUGGAAUCAUAAACAGGCCCAACUGUUGAGGUAAAAAUAGAUAUUUUCUCGAAUCAAAUAUUCCAUUACUUGUUUUGAGUGAAAAAUCGACAAGGGUUACUAUUUGUAUACGCACUUUUUUAGAGUUCUUAUCUCAGAUAGUCAGAUAAACUCCUCUAUUGAUUCCUGAAAUAUUUCGAUACGUUUACCUACAACCUCUGAUUCAGAACUGAUUUCCUGAGAGAUAAUGACACUGAAAUAUUUGUCUGAUCGUUGAAUUAUUCAAAAUGCCAUGGGAUAUUUUAUCAAACACGGAAUUCAUAUGAAACUUAGACAAUUCCAAUCACAAUUCGCCCUGAAUCACUCUCAUAUAAAAAUGAAUACUGAAAAAAGGCUGAAAGUAAAUAUUAAAGUUGAAUAAAAAGGGUUGCAUGGUUCAAAUAUACCAACCAGUAUGACUGUCGCCUUUUCCAAGAGAUGCAAGCCAUUACUACCUCUUAUUGAAAUUUUAAGUGGACUUAUGCACACUGCUUUUUCAAUAAUAUGUUGCUUUCGUUACUUGUCAUCAAAUUGAUUUUCACUUGAGGAAAUUGAAACUCUUCUUCAUGACCAAAUAACAGCCCUCAGCGUAAUUAGCCCGAUGAUUGAUUUUGUUUUCAAAGUCUGUGUUAAAAGAUAAAAGUUAGUAAUCUUUCAGAGAAUAAUUGAGGGAAAAUGAUAAUCAAUUUGGGUGCAUGAUUAACGUGUUUCAACCUUGUGAAAUUACAGAUUAAUGAGAAAGAAGUGUGCAUAAAACUUACAUAAUUUUUUCUGCUAUAAUCAACUGAAAAGAGCUCAUUUACAUACAAUUUAGCUUUGGAUUUGACUACACAAAAAUGAUUUCAUCCGGUUUACAUGGGAUGGACCUUACUCAUUUUGGAGUGUACUCAGGAACAUUUCUUAGGGUCGACUAUUUAUCAGUAACAAAACACAAUAAUGGAAAAUUUACAUAUGAAUACGGUUUUUGGCUUAUUCAAAAAAUGAAAUACUCUCAUAUGUUAAUGAAAUCCACUUCUCACGUAAACCAGAUAUGUAUUACAUGAAAAAUAACUUAAUGGAGGAUUAAAAUAAAGUUAAAAAAAUGUGAAUAUCAAAAAGAAAAUAAUAAAAAAUAUCUUGGCAAGUGUAAAAAAUUGGUCCUUAAGGUAUUAUUCAAGAAAAAUUCCUUCUCCUUUCUUUGAAUAACCAUGAACUGUUUAUGAGUUCCAAACUUGAAACCACUACCAUUCUCAGAAUAAAUGGCGAGAUGCCAACAAUCAAUAUACCCUGUAUACAAUUACAAAUAAAUAAUAAAAUGCAGUUUGUGCGUGAAUUUCUUUUUGAAUAUGUACGUUCCGACAGAGGAAGAGAUAUAAAAACCGAAAAAACUUCAGUCAGUUAAUAGACGAGAUGGUAAGAGUAGAGAGGCCCUUUUUAAUAGCUUAUAUAUACAAUUAGGCCCUAAGUUGACUAAAAAUUGAGUUGUUCUUAAAUACUAUUCGAAUUAAAUAUGUUCCUUUAAGCAUGACAUGCAGAGGUUUGGCAUUCACUAAAGUCUAAAGCCACAAAAAUUUAGAAAUAUUCAUUUCGAUAAAAAAAAGUAUUCUGGUUAAGUGUAAGCAGGAGAUCAUUUGACAUUCAAAGAAAACAAUUUAAGUUUUUAAACGUAUUAAGAACAACCUUUAUAUAUUUGCACAGCACUUUCGGCAGUAGCCAUAUCACUAAUAUAAUUUAUUGCAAUAGUGAUGUGUGAUCCUAAGUAUUUCAGAAACAGUUGAUAUAUUGAAAUUCUACUCUUGCUGAAAUCUCAUCACAGUAAAGUUUGCAUAGGUACAUAGACAACAACUAAUUGAUAACUUUACUGGUUUCACAACGUUCCAUUUGGUUAUCUUUUUGGCACAAAAUUUAAUGACUAACGGACAGCCUGAUAACUCAUCGUCAUGUCAUGUUACAGUAAAGUAGUUCUAUCUCAGGAAACAUCAUGGUGCUGGUGCCUCGUCUUCUUGUUCGACGAAAAUGUGAACCAAGUACCUACUUUCCUUCCUAGAGAGUUAUGAGAGGCUGUGUUGAGUUGAAGAGUUGAUCCCAUAUAACCCGAAUCAUGUUUAAAGUUUUUUCC